AUGGAAGAGUCAGGAGGCAGGCCACGCUACCCCAAGCGGGAAGACAGGAAGAGGGGCCCUGUGGCAGACGAAGCUGAGACCUGGAGGAACCAGGAUGCAGGGAGAGGAUACAGCCCCAAGCCGGAGAGGCGUGGCCAGGGGAAGAGGGGAGGCCAGGGAGGGAUCCACCGCGCCAGCGCCAAGAAGGGAGGGAUGGAGUCACUGAGCAGCUCCCCUGGAGGGGGAUUCAAGGAAGGCCACAGCCCCUCUCAGAGGGAGGACUUCCAGAGAGCCAGGUACCAACGCUAAGACUGAACAGUUAGAAUUUCCCAUAGGAAAAAACAUGUCACGCUAAGAUGCCAUGCUAACAUUAUUUGCAGGUACCCAGAGAGCCAGCAGGCCGAGGGCCGGGAGGAGAACUGGAGAGCGCGCCCUUCACAGUUCUGGAGGAGAACUUCUCGGGGAGAGGACAGGGAGCAGAGGAGAGACAACGUUGACAACACAGUUCACUCAGGUAAACCAACACCUCCUGGCAUGUAGACAGGUAGGGGUGUCGACGACUCUGGGUAAUGUAGUACACCUCCUGGCAUGUAGACAGGUAGGGGUGUCGACGACUCUGGGUAAUGUAGUACACCUCCUGGCAUGUAGACAGGUAGGGGUGUCGACGACUCUGGGUAAUGUAGUACACCUCCUGGCAUGUAGACAGGUAGGGGUGUCGACGACUCUGGGUAAUGUAGUACACCUCCUGGCAUGUAGACAGGUAGGGGUGUCGACGACUCUGGGUAAUGUAGUACACCUCCUGGCAUGUAGACAGGUAGGGGUGUCGACGACUCUGGGUAAUGUAGUACACCUCCUGGCAUGUAGACAGGUAGGGGUGUCGACGACUCUGGGUAAUGUAGUACACCUCCUGGCAUGUAGACAGGUAGGGGUGUCGACGACUCUGGGUAAUGUAGUCAGGAAGGACAGGGAGCAAAUGGCAAGAGACCUCUCAGCUCAGCCAACCAACACCCAGACAAAGUCUCAUCUUCAGUAGGCAUGGGGCGCAUUCAACUUUAAAGGCGAGUCGAGACGCAUCACCUUGCAUCGUAAUGAACUACUCAAUCUUAUUUGUAGAUCAGUCAGUCACAAUUUACCCAUGAAACAUCACAGAUUUAAUGGUCUCGAACACGGCCGUGGAGUCAAAAGUGUGUGAAGGACUCUAGGUAACAUAGUUUGUGUCUCCAGUGGGAAGGAGGUCUCUGGGUAACGUAGUUUGUCUCUCCAGUGGGAAGGAGGUCUCUGGGUAACGUAGUUUGUGUGCCUCCAGGGGGCAGGAAUCGUAGGAACCGUAACUGGAGGCGGUGUCUAGGUGAGGAGGACCAGGGGCCGGUGGUGGAUGAGUCGGCU